AUAGAUCACAAAGGACAUAUACCUGUACAUCCGUACAUAUACGUUGUAAUGAAACUAUAAUGUGUUCGAUUUCUUAACCCUUCGAAUGGAGAGUGAUCAGUAAACAGUAGCGCAAUAUGGAGCUAUAGCAUCGCCCUAGAAGAACUCGCUUCAACCUACGUGUACCAUGUAGUGUUUGACAUCACAGCGUGAAGACUAAACUGUUAAAACUCAUUUUGUUGCCAUGGAGACCAUUGGUGACACCGAACUUAAACAGUUUGGUCCUUUGGAAGAAGAACCACCCGAACAAUCAACGCCUAUGCAUGAAGAAGAUCGAGUACCAGCUGACGAAAAUACCCUAGGCACUAAUAUCGAUUUGCCCAUUCAGCACGAUCCGAAAGGGGAACCUUCUGACAAGUCGACGGCUGUGCAAACCGGAUGUGAAAUCAUCUACCAACGUGACAACUUUCAGAACAAGGAAUAUGCAACAGACUUUACUACUGCUAAACAUGACAGUGGUGUCCAGGUACAUCAUAGUUCUCAAACCAUUCAAACUAGGACCCGAAACAACAGCCCCGUCAGUAAAAAUUCACACAUGUAUAUCAGCUCCUCUGACAACGAGGUUAGCAUGUGUGGACGUUCCACUCCAGAAGACGUCGUAGAAAUCGAGGAUCUAGAUCUAUUAGAAAGAUCACACGAGUUGGAUGAACUUAUUGCUGAAGCAUACAUCAUGAUCACGACAAAAGAACCUGAGAAAGCACGCAAAAUUGUCACCGAUAUUUGCGGCCGACUUGACAAAUUUUAUAAAAGUGACAAGGACUAUCAGUAUCUUGAUUACAGCCAUUACUAUCACGGAUGUGCCGAAUUGUACCGACAGGUUGCUGACCCAAGCAAUGCCGUGAAGAUGUUUUAUAGAGGUGUCUUACACCAGGAGACUGUGAUCGCUCCACUCCACUUAAUGAUGUCUGCAUUACUUUGGGAUGAGCUUCUAAAUUCAAGAGUGUUAUUACAAGAGAUCCUAAACAUUGUUCAUCGGAUACAGCUUCUCGCAGACAUCAAGCUAGAACAGUCGAGUGGAACAGCGGUCGAAGUGCCUUUUUGUAUUUAUAAUGACCUCAUGAUGACCUUCAAAACCAUUCAGAUACAGAACCCAUCGUGCACUGGUGCAAAGGAAGGGAAACUAAAAGCGACGCUUCCGUGGCUAAGGUGUCUCCUUAUUCUUGGGAACUUACCUCACACUGUAGCAGAAAUAUGCAAAGGAGUCCUGAAGGAGUAUCCUGACAACGCUUCAAUCCUUGAAAUAUGGGCACGUGCUUUACUUGAAAUGGGAAAACUGGAUCUGGCGCUAAGAAAGACAGAAUCUGCACUUCUUUAUGUGAAGAAUCCAAAGCAGAAAUCUGAAUUGGAAGUAUUACAAAGGGAUCUUACCGCAGGUGUUAGGACAUCAAUCAAAGCAGUAGAGGACAGCUCGCCUAUUAUGUCGUGGAUAGAAGGUAGCAAUUACAUGGAACCUCAUAGGAACAGCCCUCAAGUUGAGAAAUUGAAAGAAAAUCAUGUCAAGAAACCCCAUCGUAGGCCCAAAGCUAGGAAAUCGUCCUUGCCUACUUGGCUAGACUUUGUAAGAGAGGUUGACAAAAAGAAGGAAAAAGCACGUUCAAGUUCAGCAUCGCCUUAUCGGGAUGGUCAUAUUAAGAAGAAACGCCGGAGACGUAAUACAGCUGGAUCCGAUAUAUCAUCGACUGGAAAUGGAAAGAGCCUACAGCAAGUUUUGCUAGAAGAAAAAGUCUACAUCGCAGGCUUAGGAGAAGGCGACGACCACUCAAUAGAAAGCGAUGAAGAAUUUGACGUUUCAGAAAUAUUAAGAUCGAGUAUAUUUGAUUUGGACUUAGGAGACCCUGACGAAAGCUCCGAUGGGGAAUCCAUAAGAAACGCUGAUGUUGAAUCAAUGUUUGAACAAAGUAUUGAUGUCGACACAGAAAACGCUGAGGAAGGCAUACAAGAACGCGAACAGCACUUGAUCAUUCAUGGAGCGGAGCUAUCUCCUAGAUUCAUUGCCAAAUGUGCCUUUCAGGACAAAAAGAACUUUUACACCAAUAGCCUGUCGAUUGACGAGCUCAAUGCUUUGACCAGAAAUAAUCCAGGACAAUUCAAGAAAUGUACGCUAAAGAUAGAAUCAGCUCACAAGGCUAUAUGUGGACUGUUACAACCAGAAGGUGACCUGAAGGAAAUAGAGAUCAGCGGCAGAUCGAAAUGCGGAAAAAACUUUAUGGAAGAUGAAGUUGUUGUUGAAAUACUUAACAAUGACCGAAAACAGUCUGGUGUUAAACCACGCUUAAACAAAAGUCUGAAGACCGCUACAGCACAAACAAAAUAUGGAAAGGUUGUUGGUAGACUGAGUAGGAAACGAUUUCGCGACAUAGAACACCCAGUGUUUGUUUGUGGACUGGAUGAGCUUGAAUACCAUUUAAUGCGACCGCUCGACAAAACCGUGCCUAAGUUACACAUAUUCAAAAAGCAUGUUCAGAACAAUUUCCAAGUCGAGGUUUACGAUUAUGACUCUAGUUCUUGUGAUUUGAAAUUUAGCAAUGUGGUUAACAUUAAUCCUGCUCAAAAAUACAGUUACGUAUUUCUUGUUGUAUUCAUACGCUGGGAUGCAGUUUAUCCUCUAGGAGCAGUGAUCAAAGUCAUGAGAUCUGACGGCGGAAUAAACAGUGGCUUGAAAAUUUUAGAGUUGCAGCAUCAAGUGCCAACAACCUACAACUAUGAUACGGUUCAAAAUGUUCAAAGUAUCAUGAGCACAAUGCCGGAAGAACCUGCUCCAAAUCUAACAGAAGGUAGAAUAGACUAUUCGGAAUCAUUGUCCGUAUUCACGAUUGAUCCGAAGGACUCGAAAGAUCUUGAUGAUGGACUGAGCAUCCAACGGCUUCCAGACAAUGUUUACGAGGUCGGAGUCCACAUUGCAGACGUUACAAGCUAUGUACACAAAGGAGACGCAAUUGACAACGAGGCGAAAUCUAGGGCAACAACAUUCUAUCCAGGACACGAAAAACGACCCUACCAUAUGUUGCCCGAACCACUAAGUCAAAAUCUAUGCAGCUUACUCCCAAACAAGAAGAGACUCGCUCUCUCUGUUUUUUUGUACUUCAGUGCUGAAGGAGAGUUAAUCCGUCAACGCACAAGCAUAAAACAAACCGUAGUUAAAUCGAGAAGACAGUUUAGCUACCAGGACGUGCAAGAUAUAAUCCUUGGUCCAACGGUUGAAGAAGAAACAAUUUCCUCUGAUAUCAUUGAUUUGUUUCGAAUUGCAAAGGGAUUACGCUGGAGAAGACUAGGUGACUCGAUGCAUUCAUUUCCAAUAGAAGUGGAUUUGCUGAACGGGAGGGAAAGCGAACGAUUGUUCGACACUCUAGAGGCUCACUUCCUUGUUGAAGAAUUUAUGAUAUUAGCAAACAUGACCGCUGCCUCGCUGGUGUGCUCAAACUUUAGGGACUGUGCUCUGUUGAGUUGCCAGAAUGCUCCACCUUCUGAGAAAGUGAAUCAAUGGCUGAAUGAUUAUCCACGGAUUGCUGAUGUCAUUUUGAAACUACAGAACACAAAGCCAACUCAACAGCGACAACUUAAAAUAGUUAACGCUCCAAAGGCCAUGGACAGAGUCGUGAUUGAACUGCAAAAGUGGAUCUGGUCUUGUUUAGAGCAACAUGUCGCAGAUGGAAACUACAGGGAUGCAUGGAAACUGAUCGGGAGUGAUGAACUCCACCCAGAACAAGCAAUCGCAUUGAACGAAUGGAUAUGUUUUCAGGAGCACGCCGAGUACAGAUGUCUUGGCUCUGUUAAAAGCCGUAAGGAGAGGUGUCAUUUCACACUCAAUAUUUCUCCGUACACACAUUUCACGUCACCGAUUCGACGAUAUGCAGAUAUAGUGACCCAUCGUCUUGUCCACGCUGCCCUUAACAAACAAGAAGUACCCUAUACGCGAUGCGAAACUGAGGAUAUCUGUUACCACAUCAAUGAGGUUUCAAGAAGGGCGAAACAGUACAGUAAGCAAUGUAGAGCUCUGCAUUAUGGCCACGUUCUGCGACGUAACCCUGCCAUGUUCAAUGGCUUCAUAGAAACAGUUUCCGAUAGAUGUAUCCAGCUCUGUAUUCCAGGGAUGCAAGGUCUACCACCAAACUGUAGGGAAAUGCCACUCAACCUACUCGGUGUGUCACGGAAACCAAAAAUAACAACAGACCGAGAUGUUGAUAGACCAUUUGACCUUCUGACUUUAGCCUGGCAAAAGCGCCUGUACUCCCAUAGAGGCUAUGCUCCCUCAGCGAGAGGUCUUGAUGAGAUUCGGGUUGAUCCACACCAGAGAGCCAUCUUUCAACAAUAUUCACGUUGGCAGGAUCUUCUGAAGGCCUUGGUUCACGGAAACAUUAAAUCGCUACAGGAUACUUUCGCUGCAAACGCUGACUAUCAGGAAGGCGAUCAACUGAGACCAUGUGUUCCAGCAUGCACAUCGACGGUCGUUGACGUAAGUUCAGAAGUCAGGCUGGGGGCCAUUACAAAGCAUUUCUGUGAGUUCAGCAUGUCCUUCAAUCAUGCUCAAAUUCUGUUAGUGCAGAUUGGCGCAGAGCCACAGAAGGGAGUACUUGUACCAACUCCUCAGGUCUUAGAACUUACAGACAAUUUCAAGUUGUGUUUACAGCACACAAGUGACCCUGUUAAAUACUUGGCUAAGUAUGCGACAAAAACAAACAAAGCAUAUCCUGAAAAAUACAAUUCCAUAGCCGAAUAUCUCGAAGUAUGGCUGUCGCUGGUACGCAUGGAAGCUGCAACUAUGGCGGGGCACGAUGACGCAAUCAUUGUCAAUGAACUCCCUGUUAAACUGAAUGAAAAAGACGGUACUUUUUCAAUGACCAUGGAUUUCUGUGAAGACAGAAAUAUUGACUUCAGUAGCAUGUCAAUGGAAUUCGUUCUACAUGGAAACGAAGAUGACGAAAAUAGCGAUGAAAUAAAGUACGUUCCUAGUUCAGACUUCCUUUGUCUGAAGUGUCGUUACGAGGUAGAUGACGUCAUCUACAAAGGUCUCAAAGGAAGCCCAGGAGAACAAAGGAUAUGGCUAGCGCACGGACAGGUGGAUAAAAUAAAGAAAAUGAAGAAAAUGGGAAGAAUUGAAGUACACUUUUUGCUUCAUCCUUCCAGCCAGAGCCUACCACCACAACUGAUGAACAGUGAGAGGAAACCUAAAUGUAGCGUCGAGAUCAUGGCGAAACCAGAAUCCAACAGGAGAACGGAGGCUGCCUUACUUUGUUUGGAUAAGGCAAACGGUUUGGCACAGAAUAUAGCUAAGGGAUUCAAGAUUCCAGCCUUAGACAAAAAUCAUUUGGCGUUAGCGAGAAGAAUGGAGGUAGAAGUUGCCGUACCAGGCCUAGCCUGGAACAACUCCAAGCAAACUGAGGCUAUACGAAAGGCCCUUACCAAUAGAUUUACCCUCAUUCAAGGUCCUCCAGGAACCGGAAAAACUUUCACUGGAAUAAAACUGUUGUAUCUGUUUACCAAACUGAACAAAGUGUGGCACCAAGAAGGCAACCCAUUAAAGCAAGUUGUCUUUUGUGGCCCAUCGAACAAGUCGGUUGACCUUGUUGCAAGGUUGACAAAGAGAAAACUUGGCGAAGUGGCACCAAGAAUGGUCAGAAUGUAUGGCUCUUCCCAUGAAUGUAUGGACUUCCCCAUUCCGGGAAAGUCAUUUAGCAGUAAAUCUGGCAGAGCUAAAAACCGGCCAGACAAAGAUCUUCAAGACAUCGCUUUACAUCGUUUGAUUCGGAAAGAGGGCAAACCUCACGCUGAUGAGAUUUUGGCAUUUGACAAAUACUUUCAACAGUUUCGUAACUGCCCGUCAAUAUCUGACCUCGAUUUGGCGAAAACGUUUCAGAACAAACUGAAAGAAUACAAAUCCCUUUUGAGCAAGGCAGGUCAAGAAGAACUUCAACACUAUGAUGUCAUAUUUUGUACAACCGCUAUGACUACUAACCCCAAAUUCAUCCGUGGCACGAAAAACAAGAUUUUCCAAUGUAUUAUAGACGAGAAUGGAAUGUGCACCGAACCAGAAAGUCUCGCUACAAUCAUCGCCACAAAAGCAGAGCAGGUCGUUUUGAUUGGAGACCACAAACAACUCAGACCUGUGGUCAUGUGUCAGCACACAGCAAGACUCGGGCUGGAGAAGUCUCUCUUCGAACGGUAUUCAGAAAAAGCCGUAUUUCUGUCAACACAAUAUCGAAUGAAUCCACGGAUCUGCGAUUUUGUGUCAGCUGAGUUUUACAACAACAAGCUUGACACUGCUCCGGUUCGUGCAUGGAAGGAAGAAAAACCCCUUAGCAUCUGGAAGUACCCUGAUGUGCCUCACAUCUUCUGCCACGUGGAAGGGGAAGAGGAAUAUCUAACAGUUUCUACAGAGGAGGGAAACGAGCAGUCGUGUAGUAACAAAGCGGAGGUUGAGAAAGUGAUGCAAGUUUUCCGGCGCAUGAUAAAAACAGAAGGAGUGAACCCUCGGUACAUCAACAUUAUAUCACAGUAUAACGCCCAGUGUCAUGCCAUUACGACGGCGUUGGUUGACUCUGGGUAUAUCAACGGUAACGUCAACACUGUCGUCGCCAGUCAGGGUGGAGAAUGGGACUAUGUCAUUUUCAGUACCACAAGAUCCCUGCCAGACUACAAGAUUGAACCGAUUCCGACCCUUGGCUGGUGUAAACAGAACCUUGGCUUCAUCACAGACGAGCACCAGAUCGACGUAGCCCUGUCUAGGGCUCGUAAAGGCCUUGUCAUCAUAGGAAACGAAAACCUACUGCAAUGUCACAAGGUGUGGAAACACCUUCUGGAUCACUAUAGGAAAAGGGAAUGUGUUGUGGACGCCAGAGAAUUUCCGCCUCGCACCAAGACUCGGAACAGGAGGAGGAGGGGUGCGUGCAGGGGAUCUAAACGAGGGAGGAAUCCGGAGUACCUGGAAAAAACCCACGGAAAGUUGACCCAUCACCUUCUCACGUCUGAUUGGGGAGUCGAACCCCAGGCCAUCUUGGUGAAGGGCGAGUGCGCUAUUCAUCGUGCCAUCCGACCACCCAUUUGGAUGUUUAUCUAUAAAUAAGAAAGGAAUAUCGAACUUGGUUCAACUUAUUUAUUCAUGAAUAUUAUUCAAGCUUGUCAUUGGAUACACACUAGAUUGCUAACAAAGUUUUAUAUACUGUAUACUUGGAAAUUUACCCAAAGGCCAACCUUCUACUACUCAUCCAUGGGAUCAAUUUUAACCCCGUGUUACUAUCGCCCUUCACCUCCUCACAUUUAAUUACAUUGUGUAUAAUGUUGUUUACGUUUAUUCGUUGUAAUGAUAAAUGUGCCCACUUGACGGAGCGCGAAAAAAUGCGAAAAUUAAACUGCAGCAAAAGUUUCCCUGAAAACAAUAUUACACUUUCCAUCUUAAAAAUUAUGAGAUAAAACGAUACAGGAUUAUCAAUUACUGCAUCUACUUGUAAUUUCAAUACCAAAUUAUCAUUAUUUGAUGUUUUACUUGAUACGAAUUUGUAAAACAUUUUAUUUUUUAUUAUACAUUUAAUAUUUGAUAUUGAUUUCGAGUAAAUAUAUAUGCAUAACGUAUAAUCUCUGUUGAACGGGUUCUCUCAUAUUUGUUGAUCUCAUAAGAAUGUAAGAAACUCUUGACAACAACAAUGUUCAUGAUUAAUGUAAUUGUAUGCGACAUUUCUAGCAUAACUGUAUACCACAACUUUAUCAUGAAUGUAAAUAAAAUAAUUUUC